AUGUGCAUCCCGGAUCGGCUGUGGUACUUCGUGGCAACCUUGAUCGCAUGGGCAUAUUUCGCGGAGAGCAGGGACUCCCCUUUGCUGCGCCGACCCUCCUGGGCGCCGGUGUGGCUCCUGCGUGCAGCGCGGAAGUGGUGUCGGCUUUUCAUCUUCUGCAUGACGGUCCUGGGCAUGCUCCUUGCGACAGACCUGGUGGAGGUCUUUUGGCUCCGAGCGGCAUACGGCAUCUUCGUACUCCUCGCAGACUUCGUGUAUUUUGCGGCUUAUGGCGGUCACGUGGGCUUUAUCUUCCUUUACACAGCUCUCGCCAUGACUUUGUCCGCUGGCAGUGCACGUGCAGGGGUCCUGCGGCUCAUUGUGGCACACCAGCUGGGCUCUCCGGCCCUCAACAAACUGCGGAUUGGUGGCUGGAAGUGGCUGGAUCCUAGCACUCUGGAGUCGCACAUACGCUUUGUCCGCGAUCAGGAGCUACCCUUCAAACCGCACCGCGUCGUGGAGCCGCCGUGGAUGAGGCAGCAUUGGAUGAUGGACUUGUGCCUUCGUCACCAAUCGCUGUUAGCUCUACUGCAUUGGGCAGGCCUGACCAUGCAGUUCCUCGUAGUGCUCGCUUGCUUGUUUGGCGGCCAAGUGGCGCUUUAUUUAGCCUGCGCCGCGGCUUGCGGCUUUCAUGUGUUCGCGGCUCCUCUGUUGGGCAUUGUCUUCCCCUUCUCCAUCCCCUGCUACAUGCUGGCGCUCCUCCCCAGCUCCGCACAUGAUGUUGCUUGCCUGUGGAGCCUCCCGGCUCUGGUGACGGCCCUGCUCCUGGGUGGUACCACCGUCUUGGCCACCGAAGAUUGGCCACUGAACGCGCUAGCGGUUUUCCCGUAUAAUGCGGAGCAGAUGCAGAUUCUGGAGUCCAUCUUUGGCCGGUAUUUGCUAGCACACUCCGAGGGGGAGCCGCGGGACGCACAAGAGCCAAGGAGCUUUGUGUCGGCAUAUGCCCGUCUCAUCUUUAUCCGAGCGAUCAAAGCGAUCAAGUUGCAGCCAAGCUGUCUGAAUGGCUUCGCCGCAGUCGUUGCUUCAUCGAUGAACGGGCAGACGGCCAGCCAGGACACCCGGGUGGUGGCACUGGUCGCAGAUCGUUCCUACGGCCUGGUGAUCAGCCUUCUGGGAGUGCUGCGCGCAGGGAAGGCCUACACGCCGAUCGAGCCCGACUUCCCACCGGCAAGGGCCAUUUCCAUGCUCGAGGCUGCGGACAUCAGCUUCGCACUGGUCCCUGCGCUUCAGGUGCCCCAGCCAGUUCUGCACGACUGCAAAGGCCUUCGCAUCCUGGCCGUGCAUGACGACGGCCGAGUCUGCCAGGCCGAAGACGACCAUCCGCUUCCGAGGGACUUCACACAGUUGCAGCCGGUCCCCGACAGCGCCACGGCUUACGUGCUCUUCACCUCCGGCUCGACAGGGAAGCCCAAAGGUUGCAUGGUCCCUCACCGGGGAAGCGCUUUGUACGCCCAAGCAGUUGUGGACCAGUGUCACCUGGACGAGAACAUGGUGUUCCUUCUGAAGACACCUUACGUCUUUGAUGUGUCCAUUCAGGACCUCUUCACCGCCUUCUGCGCUGGUGGCACCUUAGAGAUCGCAGACCCGGGCGCUCACAAGGACGCUGGUGCCAUUGCAGAGAUCAUUGGCAGCAGGGGGGUGAACUGCGCCUGCUUCGUGCCGACGCUGCUUGUGGAGUUCGUGAACUACCUCGAAAGAAAUCCGGAUGAGGUUCAACAUGUUCGACAGUCCCUUCGCCGCGUCUUGACUAUCGGGGAGGCCCUGAUGACGGCGACCUGCGCACAGAUAUUGAGCCGCUUCCCAGAGCUGGAGAUCCACAACCUCUACGGCCCCACGGAGGCGAGCGUGGGCGUUUCUCACUUCGAGGUAACGGCCGGCAACGUGGAGAGCUUGGGGACGGUGGUGCCUAUCGGAAGGCCCUUCUCGUACGUCAACUUUUGCGUCUUCGACCCGAGCAGUUACGCAGACGGAGGCAAGAUUGAGGAGAGCAGCCUCAAGUUGGCGGCUCCCGGCACCAUCGGUGAACUCUUCAUCGGAGGGGAUUGCCUGGCCAGCGGGUACAUCAAGAACCCCGAGAAGACCGAGGCCGCGUUCUUCAGCUUCCCGGGCCUCUGCCCCAGAGCUCCCGAGGGGGCGUCGCCCUUCACGCUCUACAAGACCGGCGACCUCUGCAAGGUGGAGAAUGGCGUAUUCCACUACAUGGGCCGCAACGACUUUCAGGUCAAGAUCAGCGGCGUGCGCGUCGAGUGUGAGGAGGUGUCUGCAGUGCUGAAGACCCACCCGGUGGUCGGAGAUGCUUUGGUCACUGCUUUCGAUGGGCCUUUCGGAAAGGCGUUGGCGGCCUACGUUGUUACCACUGAUACAGCGGACUGGUCACAGGAGAUGAGCCAGGGUGCGCAAGACGAGGACGAGAUUCUGAACGUCAGCAGCUGGGGCGCCGUCUACGACGAGAUGUACAAGGAGACCGACAACAGCGUCUCCGCCCAGGACCCUACACUCAACUGGAGUGGCUACACGGACACUUACUCGCGCCGGCCUCAUAUCGAGCCUGUCAUCAAGGAGUGGGUGGAGUGGAGCUGUGAACAGGUCUCCGCUCAUGCAGACCUCCUGAGAGAGGGGAGCUGGCGCAAGGGGAGGCCAACCAUCACCGAGCUCGGCUGUGGCAACGGCAUGCUUCUGUUCCGGCUGGCACCACUUCUUGGCCAGACUGGGAGGUACCAGCACCUGAAUGUCGACACGAAGGCCUUGGCCGCACACGAGAUCUUCGAGGUCGUUCAGGCGAAGGAGAACGAUAUCGUGCUGUGCAAUGGCGUGACCAUGUAUUUCCCCACGGCCAACUACCUGCUGAAAUGCAUGCAGCUCUCGGCGGAGGCCACACGUGACGGCGGCCUGGUCGUCUACGGCGACAUCCAAAGCCGGCGCCACGUGCUUGCCUUCCGAGCACACGUCGAAACGUACCAGGCGCUCCGUCGACAAGAUGCCACGGCUUCGGCGGUCUUGCAUGCGGCCAAGCAGAGCGUAGCAGGAGAGGAGCUAUCGUACUUCGACGAUGCACUCUUCCAUCGCUUGGAUCGCAACGGGCAUGGGCUCUUCCAGAACCGCCUCGCCCGCGUGGAGCUUCGUGUGAAGCGUGGCUGGUGGCACUCCGAGUUCAACCGCUUCCGGUACGACGUGUGGCUGGUCUUGGGUGAGAAGGAGUCCCGGGAACCGCAGUUCGAGAUGAUCAGCUACGAGCAGGUGCAGCAGGAGCUCCAGUUGUGCAACGGGGACGCCAAUGAGCUCGUGGACUCGCGGCUGGUUGAGAAGCUGGAGGACUGGGUCGCCCAGCGAUUGAAGGACGUGGAGAGCGCUGGCGAGUUGGACGGCUUCGUGGUCACCUUGCCGAACGCCCGAACCUUCCACGCCACGCGGCUGCUGGAGUGGCUGGAGACGGCGGCCGCUGCGCUGGAGCCCGUGGAGCUCUCCAGUCUUCCCGGUCUCCUUCACCCAGCAGAUGCCUGCUCCGGCAGCGCCCGAGAGAGCGCCAAGUUCGGCGUCGAGCCGGAGAUGCUGUUCACCCUAGCGCUUCCGCAAGGCUGGGAGCAGCGCGUGAUUUGGGCCGAGGAUCCGGGUUUCCUGCGCUUCGUGGUGCUGAAGAGCGAGGCGUCGAAAUGCUCCUGGCUUGCGGCGGCCACGGCGGCCCCACGAGAGGAGCUUCCGGAAGACCUGUCCGCCUUCAAGAACCAACCGGAGGAUGUGGAGUUCAGCUUCAACCCCGUGAAGGCCUGCAACGAUCUGAUGAAGGCAUGGGCAGCGGGUACUUCGCUUCUGCCGGCCAUGCGGCCAUCCGUCUACAUCCCCCUUGAGGCCUUCCCCAAGAAUGCGGCCGGAAAGAUUGAUCGCGCGGCCCUGCCCGAUGCUGUCAAAGCUUUCGAGGAGAUCUCGACCACCGCAGCAGCAGAAUACGAGCCGCCCUCCACGGAGGAAGAAAGGACCAUGGUCGAAAUCUGGGAGAAGGUGCUGAAGGUUCAGGUCGGGGUGCUCACGCCCUUCGUGGCCUAUGGCGGCCACUCUCUCACUGCCGUGCAGCUCUGCUCCAGUGUCAACGCCGCCUUCAACCAGAG